AUGUCUACGAAGAGAGUGACUAUUAGAGUAUUUAGAGUAGACGAUGGAGAGGCGGUUGAAUCAACAAUGAGCUGUAAGUUGCGGCCUGCGGUGGCGUGCGCGAGGCGUGUCCGCGCUUCAUCGAUCGCAGCCUCCGACGCUCCUCGACGACGUCUGCUCCCCAGCACCCCUGCCGCGUCCCUCGCACUUCGUACCGUAGCCCCGCGCGCGUUAGCACCCCGACCGAAUGCAUUUACCACCCGCCUCCCUCGAUGUACACAUACAUACUCCAAAAUCUACCUGUCUACCAUCACUGUCUGCUCCCACACCUAA